AUGGCGACGCCUCACAGUUGUGGCCUCCCGGAGGAGAUCAUCAUCUGGGAGAUCCUCAUCCGUCUCCCCCCUAAAUCCCUCCUACGUUGCCGUGCCGUCUGCCGUGUCUGGCGCCAUGCCACUUCCCAUCGCCAAUUCCUACUCGCCCACCACGCCCGCCAGCCCUCGCUCCCCAUCGUCUUCAGCUCCAUACACGGCAACGAAAUCAGCAAUACAAUCGCUACCUUGGACCACCGAGCUGCCGUUCCCCAAGACCAACUCCAACCUAUCGGCCCGCGUGACCAGAUUUUUCUAGAGGCCUCCUGCGAUGGCCUCCUCAUCCUCUACAAAUAUGGCACCGAUGCCAAGCACUGCUUCUUCGUCUAUAACCCGACCACGCGACAGCAUUCUCCCAUCCGGCAACUGUUGCGCUUUAACAUCAUGGGGAUGUACCCACACCGACCUACCAGUGAGUACCGGUUGUUACUACAAAAGAGAUACAUGGACUCGUCUCAAGAUCAAAUUGGCUGCUGUGUCUUUGCGUUGGGCUCGGACCAACCACUGAGGUACAUUGGGUGGCCGGAGAAAGCAUCGGAGUGGUUCACUGUACCUGUCCGGAUGCGUGAUAGCCUGCAUUGGUAUCCAAUGUAUCUUUCCAGGCAGACUGAACCGGUAAUGGUAUUCGACACCGUGUCAGAGUCAUUCCGGCAGAUGCGUGCUCCAGCUAUUCCCACCAAGGCAUGUAUGUUUGAGAUGGAUGACACACUUGGCAUCUAUAGUUGUAACACGACCUUGGAAAUUGUUAAUAUAUGGGUGUUGCAGAACUACAAAAGUGAGGUCUGGAACCUAAAGUAUCGGGUUGCAUUGCCGAUCGCAGAAAUCAGGGAGAAGUUUGACGACCAUGAUGCCUAUUGGAAUGCGAAUGUUGCUUCGGGGAACGGUGAUGUGCUCUUGCUGGUUAGUUUUAAUCAUUGGUUGUUUUACGUUGACACUGAUGGCAAACUGGUUGCUAGCUUCCAAGGCUUCUAUGCCUCUCGUUUUCGCCACAAACAAACUCUUGUUCCACAUACCUUCUUUACGACACUAGAUGUUAAUGAUGUGAGAACUUUGAAUCUUAUGUCUCAUCCGAAGGCUUUUUAGUGAGGCGGGGCUUCCUAAUGGUGUAUUUUUCGUAUCCUUUUGACCUACGAUGUCUAUGAAUUGGAUCAAUCUUUAAGAAUUGGACCAAGUAUGAGCCUGUUGAUUUCUUCUUUUUGUUUAGAUAUAUAUGAAGUUAUGUUCAGAAGUGACUUUUAUAUAGUUUCAUGAAAUUUUUGCUUGUUUCCAUCCACCCUUCCUGUCUUACAUCUCGUGUUGAUUCUAAAAUCAACACAUUUUGCUCUGCUUUUCAAGCAUUUUCCAACUGAUCUGCAUUAUGUCUUUAUUUUUUCAAUGAAGUGUCCUUCAUAGAUCAGUUUUCUUCACGCGUAUAUUGCAUCUGGUCAGGUAGGUCAUGAUUGGAGACUGCCCCAAAUGUGGUGGUUCUGAGUAAUUUACCGUACACACAGCCCUUGUGGCAUUGCAGUGGUGCACAAGUCUUAUUACUAAUUUACUGUGUCCACUCUGUUGCAUUGAUGAUGAUGCAGUCGAUCAGUAGGCUUAGCUCUGGUUGAGCAGCAACUAUGCAACCAAGAGCACAAACUGAAUGCAGCCAAGGACGACCAACAUGCCUUUCGAUUGUCGGUUUCGUAGCACAGAUACACUGGACUAUUUAGCAAUCUAGAUGUUGAACUUGUAUGAUGCCUAUCGAUGGUGUAAAACCUGGCCAAACACUCCAAAAGGAUUGUGGAGUAGAUGAGUGAUUGUUGAUCUGUAGCCUAAAUUUGAGAAGCCGAGCAAUUGACUGCAACCACACACAUAUCAAUACGUAUGACGGUAACAAAUUACCAGUUAUCUUCUGAUCGCUCAUAAAUGCAUGCAGCAAGUGUUAAGAGCGAGCUUUUAAGUUUCAAUUUUGCCUGUACAAUUAUAUUGCCACAUAAUUCCAGACGGUGUCAUCUGCUCGAGAAAAGAUAAUAUAAUGGUGAAAUGAACAUGGCUCAUGGAUGGCAAUUCUGCAGUUUUGCAAGAUGAACACGGUGAGGAUUCUGAGCCUGGACAUAAAAAUGGCAAAACUACAUGAAGCAUUGUAUAAAAUGGUUAGCAGCUGAGUUGAACUGACGGAGACAGUUCCAAAAAAGGAAGAAUAAAGACACAAGGAAGCAAGGCUCUUCCCAUUAAUUAGAUCUGUCAAUGGAUCGACAGAUGUCGCAAGGGGGCAAAUAUAACCAUGUAUGUUAGCAUGGACUCUGAUGCAAUGGUUUAACUUAAGGAAUGGUGCUCCAAGCUCUUCUAAGAAUUAGAACUUGCAAGUCAAAGGAGUAUCUGCCGCAUUUCAUCAUUAGCUUGAAGAAAACAAAUAAACAGGAAAGACAUGUAGAUUGCUAACUACUGAUUUUCAACAGAGACACCAUGACUCAGAAGUUCAUUGCUAACUAUUGAU